GAUCUGACUGGGCAAUUUAGGGUUGCAUGACCUGCCAAGUUGUCAUACCCAUAGCCAGCUCGCUGGCUGGGGAUAUAAGUCCAGCUCCUCUGCUGCUGCUGCUGCUGCUGCUGCUGCUGCUGCACCCUAACCAAUCCAACCAACCCGGCUAGCCCAGCCAGUCCAACCAGUCCAACCACCAUGCACAUCCCAUGGACCUCACUGCUCACCGCAGCAACCCUACUCACGCCUCGCGUGCAGGGCACCCGCACCGGCCCCAGCUCCAGCCCCAGCCCUAGCCCCCGACCCAAGAACACCACGCAAUACAGCAUCCAAGAGCUGUGGGCCCUGGAAAAGACCUUCUGGGAUAACUUCCUCUACCCGGCCAACCUGGAGCAAACCAAAGCCAUCAACUCGACGCUCUUCGCGCCUGACAUCCAAGGCCGCGUCGACAUAACACGGGUUUUCAACGGCUCCACCCUGAACACAGAAUACCUGUUCGGGCUCUUCAGCGACCCCACGCACCUCAGCCUGGUCGGCGUGCCGAUCGCGUACAGCAUCACGCAAUUCACGGCGGCGGCGAACACGAACCUCGCCUCGGCGACGACGGUGGUAACCUUCAACGCGACCUCCUUCGGCAACCUGCUGCUCCCGGUCACCAUCGACACGUGGAUCAUGUGGAACGCCGCGGGCCAGAUCGAGCAGUACGACGCGACGUUCCGGUGGUUCGGGUUUCUGGUCGAUACGCUGGUCGGGGCGCUGGCGCAGCAGAUCAACGGCACGACCGCCGCCGCCACGGCGUAUCUGACGCAGCUGCUGGCGGACCAGAUCUGCGCGACGCACGACGCGUACUGCACGGGGGCGAACCAGCAGUACGCCGAUCGGGAUGCGUGCUACGCGUUCCUGACGCAGAGCAUCCCGCUCGGCAAGGACUACGAGCUCGGCCGCAAUACCCUGCUGUGUCGCGAGGUGCACGAGCACAUGGUGCAGUACGAUCCGGCCGUGCACUGUCCGCACAUCGGGCCGACGGGCGGCGCGUACUGCGUCGAUGAUCAGUCGUACAGCCAGAAGGUGCUCCAGCAGUAUUUCCGGACGUCGUGGCUGAUUCCCGAGGUGGGCGGGGCGGGGCAGGAUGUUUGGUUGUGA